AUGGACAUCAACGCUCUAAUUAGUAACCCAGCGUUCCAUGAUAUCUUCAGUGUCAUUAAGGGCGCACGAAAUGGCUUCGUAUACGGCGUCAAGAUCCGCUUUCCCCAUGCCUUGAUAAUGUCUCUCCUCUUUGGUCGUGGAGACUGGAGAUCGCGCAUAAGGGUGAUCUACCGAUUAACCAGGCAACAUGCGGUCAAUCUCGCAAAAUUCGUCUCCCUGUACAAGGCUCUCUGUAUCCUACAACGCCGGGCAAACGGGGGCAAGGAGAGGUCUUCAGACACUUUCAUUGCGGGUCUCAUAGGUGGCUAUCUCGUUUUUGGAGCCAGGAAUGCGGUGAAUGAACAGAUUGUUCUUUAUGUCUGCUCUCGUGUCAUCGCUGCCCUCAUUCCUCGCUCUACAGCACCUUCCGAAAGGAAACACCCCGGCCGUCCCAUACCACCUGAUUCCAGUCUAUUCACCCUGUUUGCCGCUGUUUGCUGGGGCGCUGUCAUGUGGCUCUACCGCUACAAGCCGCAGACCAUUCAGCCCGGCAUGUUCAACUCCAUGAUGUACCUCUACACGGACUCGGAGAAAUUCAAGGACUUGCGCACACUCUUAUGGAGCAACACAUGA